AGCAAACUACACCAGAAAUUAGGCCCAAAAGUCCAGUUUCCUUUGUGAGGUCCGAUCACAAGUCUGACGACGGAUUCUGAUUUCUGCAUGGCAGCUAUCGUAGAAAUAGGAGAAUAUGAACUGCCUUCUAUAGCUUAACCUGUAAUAGUGUAGAAACCACUAUACAGAGAGAUUCGUCAACUAAGCUCCUACAGCUUCUCACUGUUCACUCCACACACACACACAUCGAACGGUACAACUGAUUUCCAGUCAGAAAAAGAACGAUCGUUGACUAAAAUUGGUUGGCCAAUCAGCGAGCGUUUUGACGAGUCCACUUUGUGUCGUCUGCUCAUUUUUCUCCAGCGUCAUAGGUUUGUGUAACAAAGUGGGAGGAGUGUUGUUGGGGUUUUGUUACUCACCCCAGGGCGCCCUGUAAGGCAGCUUUCACCGCCAGGUUUUUACACUGUGUAAAACCACAAAAAGCCUCCACCAAUUGCCUCAUUAUCAGCUUCCAAGCUGAAUUGCCCCGAGGCGAGACAGUCAAAGCAAGCCCUGCCGGCUGGCGGACACCAGAGCCCCGAGCUGAGAGAGGAGAACUGCGAGGGCAAUCGGAUCUUCACGGCCACUGGCGUGAUUCGCGCUCGUCACAAACCGGGUCAGAGACGCUGAAAACGCAGCGGCCGCGUUCCGCUACUAUCAGGCCUGCCCAGCGGCUAGGAUUACUGACGGACUUCUCACGAUAUUGUUCCGGGAUCACAAAUUAGAAAAAAUAAGCUGUGUGAUUCAAAAUGAGCGGCAAAGCUGGAUCAACAUCAAGUCGCAUCUUAGACAUUCCUUGCAAAGUCUGCGGCGACCGGAGUUCGGGCAAACAUUACGGUGUCUACGCCUGCGACGGUUGCAGUGGGUUCUUCAAACGCAGCAUUCGGCGGAACCGCACUUACGUCUGCAAGAAUCGUGGACGCGGUCCAUGCCCUAUCGAUAAGACGCAUAGGAACCAAUGCAGGGCGUGCCGUCUCAAGAAAUGCGUUCAAGCAGAGAUGAAUAAAGAUGCCGUUCAACACGAGAGAGGCCCUCGUAACUCAACGCUCCGCAAACACAUGGCUCUGUACCUUAGGGACACCCAACUGCGUGAACUACCCUCCUCCUCUGACCUGGUAGCUCACCCAGUCAGCCCGGGCUUUUCUCCACACAGCCCCACUUACUUCCAUCCGUUCUUCGGGGGAGUCAGCGGCGGCGGCACGGAGCCAUGCGGUACGCCAGCGGCUGUGGGCCCGGUGAAUUUCACUUUUCACGGCGUGGGGCCAGGCCUGAACACACUGACUCUAUGCCAACCAAUUCCAAGAUAUCAUCACCACCACGCUAUCCGACCAUGCCCAAAUGGUGUAGAAGCAAUAUGUGAGAUGGCAGCCAGGCUACUCUUCAUGAGCAUCAGAUGGGCAAAGAACGUCCCAGCCUUCGGUAGCCUUCCAGAACGAGAACAGCUUGUGUUACUUGAAGACGGAUGGCGGGAACUUUUCAUCCUUGGAGCUGCCCAGUGGCAGCUUUCCGUUGACAUUCAAGCACUCAUCAGUGCUGCUGGUUUGAACUCUGAAAACACAGCACCUGAGAAACUUGCAGCAGUUACUAGCGAAGUUCACGUCUUGCAGGAAAUCAUUGCUAAACUCCAUCAGCUACAGGUCGAUGCUACUGAAUAUGCAUGUCUGAAGGGAAUACUCAUGUUCAAAGCAGAUGCCCCUGGAUUAGAUGACGUGUCAACAAUAGCUAACCUUCAAGACCAGUCGCAGCUAACUCUCAGCAAGUACAUAUCCCUGCGGCAUCCCACUCAACCUUUUCGCUUUGGAAAGCUCCUUCUUCUGCUACCGUCGUUGCGAGCGAUACGAGGUAGCACCCUGGAGCAACUGUUCUUCCGUCACACAGUGGGCGCAACGCCGGUACAUCGGCUGAUCAGAGACUUACACAAAGUUCAAGAUUUCUAAUCAUUGACAGAAGUCUAACGAUCAAUAACGGAUGAUAACUCGUCAAACUCAUCUUUGCUAAAGUCAUAUGUCCUAGUCUGGAACUUUUUGUGUAGUUUGUGUCAAGUUUAAUGUAUAGCUUAAACAACCACGAUGACUCAGAUGAAUAUUUGCCGUUUGUUACAUCAGCUAGUCCCGGAAACACUUGGACGACGAUAAACUUCCAAAACAAAAGGCUACUGACAAAACAAACCAAACACUGCAGUUGGGAACAGCAGCGUAGCCAGCUUUUAGCCGGGGGGGGGGCAAAUUCAAAAGCGAAUGGCUUUGGGCUUAUUGAACAUGAUGUCGGGAAGAAAAAAUAUUAAGCCUUACUCGCGGUCCAAACAUCCCAGCUUUUAUUUAAUGGUAUUGUUUUCUUAGGAUUUUGGUGCUGAUAUUUGAUAGGGAAAUAAAUAUACGGAUUACUUUCUUACUUAUGAAAUAUUCUUCGUAAAAAAAAUCCAUGACACCCCCGCUAGAUUCGCCACUGGUUGGGAACUCUACUGAGCAAGCUAGCAUACUGUCAUGCAAGUUCGACAGAUAUAAAUCCAAAGAUUUACGAGAAACUGGAGGUGUGCUUCAUAAUUAAAAUAUAACACACACACGUGAAAUCGUAUGGGAGAAAUGUCGAGUUCUGUUUUGAAGCCCAUAAUAUUACGCAAAUAAAUUUGAAGUGUCUGUCGUGGAGAAAUAAGAAGUUGGGGGUGUCGACAAGGCUUUCACAUAGAGGGAAAUUUUGAACUAGAUAAGUUUCGAAAUCAUAGUUUUAGAAUUGUGAAGCCAUUCUUCGUUUCAGAUGAAUUCCUUGACAUAUUGGCAAAGCUAAAUUAUUGUAGAAUUAAUAACUGUCAAGAACUCAUGAGAGUUCCAUUUUCCAUUCGAAAAAUGUUGUAGCAAAGGCCAAGUCCAUGUAAUUCAGCCCUUUCUGUAUGAAGUUUACACCAAAAAACUUGUAGUUUAGCUUUUUUGAGAAUUUCUUGGACUCAAAUUUAUCAGAAAACCGUAGCUAAAGAUUACUAGAAAAUUUUAAACAAGCGUUAUUUUUACACAAAGUAAGAGCCACAUAUUUAGAAUUAAUUUCUUCCCAAGAAUUUGAAAGAAACAAGGCACUUAACGUGCUGCAAACGACGUAGACUAGAAGACCCUUAAUAGCAUCUUGUGCUAGUUUUAUCUUUGUACAUUCAUCAGGGAGAAUAUUCUGGCAAGUUCGUAAACAUAAAUUAUUCGCAGCAAUAAACACUGUAA